UUUACUAUCAGCAACCCAAAAUACAAGGUUGUGUGGUCCAGUUUCUUUAGAGCUCUUAGCAUUUACAAGUGUUGAGCGCUUGCUUUUGCAACGCCGUUCUGAUUGGCAGAGCCAAUGUCAGUGACAUCAACCAACUUACUUUUGAUUGGAGGGCUGGUUGCUGGGUCUGUAGCGUGUGCAGGAAGUCACUUAACUAUUUGCGAUCUUGUAAACCCGAAACCGAAGUUCUUUUGUCAGAGGAACUAGCGCAACUGAUUAGAGGAUAAGUGUCUCAAAACUCUGCAAGUUGGAAUGUGAACCUGGAGGCCCUGCCGGGCUUCCGGAAAGAGCUGCACUCACGGAGAUGAGCGGCUUCUCACUUCCAGCAUUCCGGCUAUUACCCUUUUAAAAGUCGGCGUUCAAGGCUGUAGGGGUAGCACGAGGCAUCGGAACGGAACAGUUGGAUUGGCCGCCGCCUCAGUUCUAGACGCACCUCUCCACCGAAAGGCCGUUCUGACUGGCAGGGGGAGAAAGUAAACAGAGUUGAAUCACCCUCCCCACUGGCCAAUUGGAGGGGGUUUGGAUUGUGACGUGAUGGGAUUCUGCGAAAUUGUUACUGAGCAAGAGAAUGCCGGAACGGUGCGGACCGGCAGGCACGGGGGCUCAGCCGUCAGUGGACUAGGGGAAAAGUGUCUUUUAGAGCUGGCUAUCAAUCCGGCCCUUCCCACCCGCGUCAGGGUGGUCGAGUGAAUGCAUUAGGGCUUUGGCUCGACGGAGAGGCUGCCGAGGGCGUGUGCCUUUCUUGCAGUUUCCACUCCCAACGCCUCGGGGGCGUUUUCAGUCGAAUAAACUUGCGACCGCCACGUGUGGCAUCUUUCCAAGGGAGCCGGCUCGGAGGGGCUGGCGCGCCCGUCAGGGGGAUCGCGCCCGGCGCAGGGCAGGGGCGGCCGUGAGAGCCGGCAGCGCGGCGGAGCCGGGGGCCGUGGAUGCUGCGUGCGGAGGCGCUGCCGGUUACGUAAAGAUGAGGGGCUGAGGUCGCUUCGGCGCUCCUGCGAGUCGGAAGCGCCCCGCGCCCCCGCCCCCUUGGCCACCGCGCCGCGCCGCGCAGCGCUUGUCGUCCGAGGCGAGGGCAGGGCAAGCCGAACCUCCGCAGCCACAGCGAAGUUUGGCCGCGCCGCCUGGGCUGCUGUCGCCCGCACCAUGUCCGCAGCCGCCUACAUGGACUUCGUGGCUGCUCAGUGUCUGGUUUCCAUUUCGAACCGCGCUGCGGUGCCGGAGCAUGGGGGCGCUCCGGACGCCGAGCGACUACGACUACCUGAGCGUGAGGUGACCAAGGAGCACGGUGACCCGGGGGACACCUGGAAGGAUUACUGCACGCUGGUCACCAUCGCCAAGAGCUUGUUGGACCUGAACAAGUACCGACCCAUCCAGACCCCCUCGGUCUGCAGCGACAGUCUGGAGAGUCCCGAUGAGGAUAUAGGAUCCGACAGCGACGUGACCACCGAAUCUGGGUCGAGUCCUUCCCACAGCCCGGAGGAGAGACAGGAUCCUGGCCGCGCGCCCAGCCCGCUCUCCCUCCUCCACCCUGGAAUGGCUGCGAAGGGGAAACACGCCUCCGAAAAGAGGCACAAGUGCCCCUACAGUGGCUGUGGGAAAGUCUAUGGAAAAUCUUCCCAUCUCAAAGCCCAUUACAGAGUGCAUACAGGUGAACGGCCCUUUCCCUGCACUUGGCCAGACUGCCUUAAAAAGUUCUCCCGCUCAGACGAGCUGACCCGCCACUACCGGACCCACACUGGGGAAAAGCAGUUCCGCUGCCCGCUCUGCGAGAAGCGCUUUAUGAGAAGUGACCACCUCACAAAGCACGCCCGGCGCCAUACCGAGUUCCACCCCAGUAUGAUCAAGCGAUCGAAAAAGGCGUUGGCCAACCCUUUGUGAGGUGCUACACAAGGCUGCCAGGGAGGGAUGGACCCCGAAAAGACAAAACUAUUCCCGGGACACAGACAGACACAUGGAAACUAAGGCCCGGAAGAGACACCCUGACUCACAGAAGUCGCUGCUCUUUGGUCAAUAUCUUGAGUUUCCUCUCCCUGCAUUGUUUUUAAAAGCACAUUGUAGCCUAAGAUCAAAGUCAACACUUGGUCCCCUUGCAGAGGCAACUAUCUGAACCCGUCUCUGACUGUUGAAGGGAAGACAAAUGCUGUUUUUUUGUUGUUGUUGUUGUUGUUGCUGGCUUUUUUUUUUUUUUUUUUCCUUAAUUUUCUUGGGAAUGGGGUGGGAGGGUGGGGGAAGGGGAACACAGCCAAGACUGGGGUAGGAUUUUAAAGAUUCAACACUGGUGUACAUACGUAUGUCUGACUGGGUAAGUUGACCUGCGGUUACCACACAGUGAUUCCAGGCCCUUUAUGCUUGCUGUCUCUCUGAAUUUUUUUCUUAACCUUUUGAUGUAAUGACGGAGUUUGCUUCAGUUUCCUUAGCAAAACCACUCUCUUUAAAUCACAUUAACUUUUGAGAUUAAAAACGCCAUAGCACAGCUGUCUUUAUGCAAGCAAGAGCACAUCUACUCCAGCAUGAUCUGUCAUCUUAAAGACUUGAAAACAAAACACAAGUUACUUAUAGUCAAUGGUAUGCAGAGUCUGAAUUUAUACUAAUCAAGACAAACCUUUCACAGGUUACACUAAGUACCGAACUUUUAAACCUUGCUUUGUAUGAACUGUACUUUUUGAACAUAAACUGCACUUUUGUGUUCUAAUGCAGAGGAUGAAUAAGUUAAAUACAUGCUUUAAGGAUAAAAGCAGCCAUUCUGUUUGGCACCAUGUUAUAAUCUUUUUUUUUUUUUUCACAGUAUGCAGGUUUCCCUAAGAAAUCAUGGCAGAGAUGUGAGGGCAGAAUACACAUAGCAGAUACUGAAGGAGAAGGAGGGUCAUAGUAAAACAAAACAAAAAGGACAAACAGAAUUUUAACUCUAUUAACUUUUCCAAAUGUUCCGGUCUUUUCAGUUAACUGUAUCUGAUACCAUCAUGCCACUAAGGAACAGGGAUUUUAUUGCUGGGUUUCAUUUGAAUGGGUGCAUAAUACGAACUAGCUCGGGAAAUGACUUUUUUUUUUUUUUUUUGGAAAAGGUUUGCUGGUGGCCUUUCCAUGUUCCUACAAAACUCCCACUAACAGGUGCAAGAGGUAUGCAAAAGGAAAGGGAGCUGAAAUCUGAAAUGAAACAUAUAUAUACCCCUAUAGUAGCGAAUGCCAGUGGAGAAGACCACUGUGAUUUCAGAAGAGGCUGCGUAAUCGUCCCUUCUGGAGAACAUAGGCCAGUGGAAUAUGUACGAAGGAAAACACAUCACCGUACCUUUCACAUCAGAAGCCUCACCACUCUAUAUCUCAUAUCUAGGUGUCUACAGUGGCCUAAACCACUACAUUCAUAAUAUGCCAUUUACCUGAAAACUUAAUUUUGGCCUCUACGUGGCCAGAAAAAAAAUGAACUGAGUUUUCAUAGUGAAGGAAAAACAAACAAAAACAACCUCAAAUGAGGGGAGUCAGCAGUGAUGGCGGGCGGGGGGUGGGAAAUGUUUACAUUUUUUGUUUUGUUUUUUCUUCAGAAAUAAUGCUUUCUGACAAUUUUAUCUGAUAUUUAAAGCAGGGAACUGUGGAACACUCUAGUUUAUACAUGUGCUAUCAAAUGUGUUGUGUAAACUGAGGGUGUGUACCUAUCAGUGGGCUCAUUUUCCCACCUGACAAAUGCACAUUUCAGCAUCAGUGUGGGCUCCUGGAACAGACUUGGGUUCACUACUGACUCCCACUUCCAAUAGAACAGCCAUCAUUAGCACGGUGUUUUUUUUGUUUUUUUGUUUUUUUUUAAUUUUUAACCAAUAUAGUUGUAUUAGUGGUUCUGUAAAGAACUGCUUUUAACAUUAGGGACUGAGAGCAGUCCAGGGGAUAAAAGGAAAGUGUUUUCUCACGGGAAAACAUGUCAGGAAAACAAAGAACACUUUCUACCUCUGUUUCAGAUUUUUGAAACGCUUAUUUUAAACCAAAUUUUGAUUUCUGUGUCCAAAAUAAGUUCUAAGGACAUCUGUUCUUCCAUACGAAAUAGGUAGGCUGCCUAUUUCUUACUGAGCUCAUAGAAUGGUUCUGUUUAGGACACUCUGCACGCUGCCUUUUAGUGAGUGAGGAGUUUGGGGUUGCCUAGCAACUCUACUAACUUGUAAAAACUCAUCUUUCCCUCACAGAAAAAAAAAAGAAAGAAAGAAAGAAAGAAAUGAAGAAAAACAAAGCAAAGUCCGUGAGAGACAAUCUUUACAGUGUCAGGAGUCAGUCUAUGUGUGGCUUUUGUCAAACACUUAGAUGGCUAUAAAUGCAGCAACUUGUUUAAAAAAUGCACAAUUUAUUUCCCAAAAAAGUUGCUACUUGCCUUUUUGAGGUGUUGAAAAAACACACAUUUGAUAGUCUCUUAUAUGUUAUAGUAAUAUAACAUAUAAACUCAAGGCUUUUUAUUCUUUGUGAUAAAUCCUGUUUUAAAAAGUCACAAAACAGGAACCAGCAUUCUAAUUAGAUUUACUCUAUUCUAUCAAGAUAUGGUUCAAAUAGAACUACUAGAGUUCAUUGAACACUAAAACUAUGGAACAAUUACUUUUUAUAUUAAAAAGACCAUGGAUUUAACUUACAAAAAUCCAAAUGCAGGAUAGUAAUUUUUGUUUACUUUUUUAACCAAACUGAAUUUUUUUGAAAGACUAUUGCAGGCAUUUAAAAAGAAAGAGAUGUCGUUUUAUCUAAUAUUGUAAGUAGUUGUCAUACUCUGGAAAAUUUAAUAGUUUUAGAGUUAAGAGAACUCUUCUCCUUGGUUAGGGAAGCAGAAAGCCCUUCACCAUUGUGGAACGAUGCUUUGGCUUUAAGGUUCCACUCUACAUCUUGCUUCUUUUGAGAAUUAUAUUCGGUAGUUAUAAUUACAGAAACCGAUUAGUUGUCAGUUUGCAGAUAGAUUUAGCACAGAACUCAUCACUCUGGAUAAAUUGAGAUCUUUCACAACAGAUAAAUGAUCUGUAACCCUGUAAGAUACUGAUCUUUACAACUGUCUAAUCAGUUUUAUUUUUGUACAGUACUAGUGACCUAAGUUAUUUUGCCGUCCAGUUUUUGUAAAUCAAAUGAAAUUAUAAAAGAGGAUUCUGACAGAAGGUAUUUUGUACAUAUGUAUAUAUGUUGUCCAAAUAAAAAUAAUAAAUGAUGAAGAUGGAA